GAUAGAUAGAUAUAUAACAACCUUUAUAACCUUCCAUAUCCUCAAACCGUAAGCUUUCAAACCCUUUUCACAAUGUUUCCAUUUCACACUCAUACCUUCCAUCUCUUCUGCUUCUUCAUAAUCAUACCACCUCGCAUUCCGGCAAGACUAAUACCCAAAUUCACGACAGACCCAGUAACUGAAAUAACUACCAAACACCAUAAUCACACGUGGCAUGAAUUCAAGAGGCUCCAAGAUGUUCAGAGAGGAAGCCACGUCACCGGCAUGUCGGAGCUUAAGAAGUACUUCCACAAUUUCGGUUACCUAUCGGUACAAGAAAUGAAUUUUACCGACACAUUUGAUCCCCAGUUCGAACACGCCGUGACCCAAUACCAAGCGAAACUCGGACUGCCAGUCUCCGGUAAGCUCGACUCCGAAACCCUAAAUCAAAUCAUGCUGCCACGGUGCGGUGUACCAGACACCUCACCGACAUUUCAUGAAAUAAGCCACUUUGCAUAUUUCCCUGGCCAACCGAGAUGGGCUCGUACUAUGCCCAUAACUCUCACCUACGCUUUCUCACCAGAGAAUUUGAUCGGUUCGUUGAGUUUACCAGACAUUCAGGAGGCUUUUAAACGGUCUUUCGCCCGUUGGGCAUCGGUCAUUCCAGUGAAUUUCACUGAAACAACCGAUUAUGGAUUUGCCGACAUAAAAAUAGGAUUUUAUGGUGGCGAUCACGGUGAUGGAGAGCCGUUUGAUGGGGUGUUAGGGGUUUUGGCCCAUGCAUUUUCGCCGGAGAGUGGGCGGUUCCACCUCGAUGCAGCGGAGACGUGGGCGGUUGAUUUUGGGUCGGAGAAAUCGAAUGUUGCCGUGGAUUUGGAGUCGGUGGCUACACAUGAAAUUGGACAUGUUUUAGGGUUAGCUCACACUUCUGUUAAGGAUGCUAUUAUGUACCCUAGUUUGAAACCUAGAGGUAAAAAGUUGGAUUUGAAGCUUGAUGAUAUAAAGGCCAUACAAGCUCUCUACGGUUCAAACCCAAAUUUCAAGUUUAGUGCUUCAUUGGAGUCAGACACUUCUUCAAAUCAAGCCAUUGAUUUGAGGGUUGUUAGAUCAUCAACAUGGCACAUAUUGGUUUUGAUAUUGACAUCGCUAACAUGCAUGUAAUCGUGCAUGACUGGACAUACAUUUGUGUGAGUCUUACUUAUAACACAAACACAUAACUCCUUUAUUUUUUUUUUAAUUUUUAAAUUGAUGUAUUCUUUAAAGAUUUUAUGGCAAGUGCCAAUUGUACUAACAAUUUGAAAGUGUAUAUGACUUUAGUUUUUUUCUUAUAAUUUUGUUUUUUACACAUCAAUCAGAAUUAUCAAUUUAUUGAAGGUGCAUUUUAGAUAAAGUUUGGUAGAUCAUGGAGGAUAUGUGGUAGAAAUAAUGUAUUUUAAUUUUUGAAGGCAAAAGUGCAACAAAACCAUUUUUGUCCAUCCCUUCUGGU